AUGUUCUGGUUCCAUACGAAGAUAGAUCCCUUUGGUAACCAGAAUGAAUCUGAGCUAGCAGAAAUGUUUGAAUCGAUCUCAUAUACGGAAACAUCACAUUCUACGGAGGGCCGGCGGCUUCUAGAUGAGCAUUUAAGACGGAAGUUUAACCGUGAUCUCCAAGAAACCAAAGAUGACCCAGGUCACAGACCGCCACCUCGCUCGAAAAUACGAAAAGGAAAACCUUUUCUAUCAGAGUCCUUUGAAUUAUGGCAUGAACCCGAUGAGCCUAUCGCUGAGCCGGAUUAUGAGGAAGUACCACUUCCUACUGUUGCAGAGCAGGAAAAGCUAGACCUUACGAAGGAAUCGUUGAAGUCACGGGUUACUGUAUUGGAUAAGGGCGUUGAAUUUUUGCCAAAGAAGCACUUGGUCUCUCGUCGAUUACUUAAUCAAAAAAGAGAAGACCCCGACGUUUUUUCUGAGUAUGUUGCUAAGGGAUUUCUGAGAUACCAUGUGAGAACAUUGUUUGAACUGAUGCACCUAUCCGUACUGAAAGAACGCUGGAACCAGGCCUACAGAUGUUUUGCUCUUCUCAUCCGAGUUCCCAGAAUGGAUAUCCGAGAUUUUUGGACUGUUGGACUUAAGAUUUUAAAGAAACGCGCGGAAACUAGUUUCAUACGUGUUUUUGAAGACGUCAUGAAAGAAACUCCAACUACAGCAGAGCAACUUGAAAAUUCGGCCGGUGCCGCUUCAUUUUUUACCAAUCAGCAGCUUUCUAUUCUCAGCAGACUAAGAAACCCUGAUUUUGUCAGGAAAAAUUAUUCUAACAGUGAUCUUCCGAGCCGUGUCAUAGAAGAAGCGGUGCGCAUCAACAUCAGGACUGGAAAUAAACACAUUCUCGAGUACUUGAGCUGGUUGUCCAGGUUUUGCAAAGUCUCAGACUCUGAGGCAUCACACAUAUAUCCGCAAGAGCUUAUGAACGAAACCCCAGUUCUUGAAGAAGAUGAGACACGAAAAAAGAGAUAUUCUUAUCAUCAAAAAUAUGCCGCACCGCCUUACAGGGCAGGCACAAAGAACCAGCCGAAUCCAUAUAUUGCAGUGAUGAUGUGGGAACUAUUGGUGGCUGGUGAUCUGAAGAGAUGCAAAGAUAUGACAUCGCAGUUAGUUCUUGAGCACCCAUACAGUUCUGAUGGCCUAUACUUCUUCAUACAGGGAAUGGCCCAUUAUGUUGAGCUUCAGUCUCUGGUGACGCCUCUCAGGAAUUCUGGAGAGUACAGUGAUGUAGAAGAUUACGACUUCGAUGAUACUAAGGUUUGUUCAACUCAGUUGAAGGAAGCUAUUAAUCUUUGUUUUGCCAAGGCUGCGAAUCUGGGAUUCGAGUAUCCCAAGGGGCAACUUCUCAGAGAGAUGAUGAUGAUUGACCGUUUGUUUGAAGAGAAAGAGGCCAGUGGUGCAAAUGUUAGUUAUCAAUCUGAUCAGGGUAAUGACAAUGAUGAAGACAAUACUGGGCAGCAUGGAGAUAUCGAUUCGUCCGACCUCGAGUGA